GAUUGACGACACUGUGGCUCACCAGAGGUUCUUGGAGUGGGCUAUCUAUCGCUCAGCACUCAAAUAGACCCGAGCGCGCCGGGUAUGCCAUGACCACAAUGGCAAAGCUUCCAGACAAGGGAGAGAGCUGUGUUACUUGCUUGCAAACUCGAGUUCUCGCGCUCGAUCCCGUUACGAAGAAAGCCUGCUUUCAGGAUUCCGACUUCGAUCGUUCAUCUAGAGAUAAAGUCCUCGCGAUUGCGGAUCACUGUUUUGACCAAUCGAGGAUAGAAUUUUGCCGUCCACGUAGAGAGGUUUGCUUUCCUGUUCACCCAGAAGUACCUCGCGCUUGAUCGUGCGAAGGCUGGGUUUACGAAUCAUUCCUCCCAGUCCCUCCAGUACGACGCCUUUCUGAUAACUCAGUCGAUUAGUAUAAUCCUUUCACUCUUUCUUCAAAUUUCGGUUUGUGCUCGGUGGCGGAUGCCAUGGACAUAUAUGUACUAGCAAGCGCUUGCUCGAACUGGCCU